AUGGCGCAGCAACAGAGAGAGCGGCAGGCCUAUGGAGGGGCCACGCUGCAGAAGAGCGGCUUCGUGACGCUGGGGUCUGCGGCACCCAAGGAGAAUGCGGUCAACGAGGCGAGCGCCUCGGGCGGCGGCGCCGCUGGCUGGAGCAGCGGCGGCGACGCGACCGCCGCCGACGACUCGUACCGCAACGCAGACAGCAGUGCAGGGGCCUCCUCAUCCCUGGUGGAGAAAGCCAGCUGGGCAGGCCAAAGCAGUCCAGCCAUGCAGGCGCAGCCUGCACCUUGGGAGCAGCCGCGGGGGCUCAACUUGCGUGAGUUCCCCUCGCUGGCAGCGGCCGCCGCAGUCCCCCAGCACCCCGCCCAUCCGCACCGGCCUGGCAGCUCUGCGGCAGCCGCGGAGUCGGGGGCCUGGGAUGAGGAUGAGAGAGGCAGGGGCCCCACGGGUGCGGGGCAGCCGCAGAGCACUGACCGUGGUCGCAGCCGGGAAGGCGGGCGCCCACCGCUGUACGAGGACGGCUAUGGUGGGGGCUACAGCAGGGGCCCGCCACCCUUUUACGGCAGGCACCGGGGCGACUUGUCGCCGCCACGCGAGCACCGCCGCUUCGAUGGCGACGAGCCACCAUACAGCAGAUACGGUGGGGCACCGCAGCAUGGUGGAUACCACGGUGGUGGUGGGCAUGCGGGCUGGCGGGACGACUCGUGUGACUGGCAGCGGCAUGACAGCAACCUGCUGCCGCUGUGCGUGCUGCUGCACAGGUUUGACGGCCCGCCGUCGCGGCACACGCGGCAUGGGGUGCCGCCACGUGACCAUGGCAGGCGCUAUGGGCGGCCGCACCCUGACAACGAGGCAGACUUCCACGAGCCGCAGCCACCCAGGGACCGGCACUAUGCCGUCGGGCGGCUUGAGCGCAGCCCGAUGGGAGCCGAGCCACGCGACCCCUCCCUGUUCCCGCCUCCACCUGCUCGUGAAUUUGGUGAUGCGUCUGACAAGACGGCUUCCCGAGAUGGCAAGCGCAGCAGGGGCAAGAAGCAGGAGGGCAAGAAAGAGGCAGCUGCGCCUGCAGCGCAGCAGCCAGCUGUUGCCACCGCAGCCCCCACCGCAGCCGCCAAGCAGCAGCGCAGCAAGCGGGCCACCCGCGGGAAAAAAGGCAGCGGCCAGGCAGCAGAGGAUGGCGUGCAGCAGCAGGAGGCAGCAGGCGACACUGCCUCCGCCACGUCCUCUGGCAGCAAGGGCCAGGCAGCCCGCUCCAGGGGUCGUGGCCGUGGCAAGGAUGGAGGCGAGCAACUGUCAGCCUCCUCGGCGGCAGAGGGAGCAGAGGGGCUUGCAGCUGGCGAGCUUGCAGCUGAGCUGGUGCUAGAGGCUGUGGCUGCACCACCUGCGGCCGAGCCAUUGCCAGCAGAUGUGCCGGAGAUGUUGAGCACAGCUGUGGGCAACUCCCUGCCCCACGGGCUUGUAGCGGCCGCAGUUGUGGGCACGGCAGCAGGUGCACAGCCUGAGGUUCCCCCGCUACAAACUGCCCCUGCCAUUGGGGCGGCUACUGCCACCAGCACGGGCAUGGCACCCAUCAUGCCUGCUGCCUUUGGGUGGAGCUCCCCACUGGCUGAUGAGGUCGCCAAGCUGCAGCUGACAGCUGGCGGCUCCGCAGCGCAGCAAGAUGCCAGCUUGGUGGCCCCGUUGGCGCCUGCUGCGGGCGACCAGCUGGUUGCCAACCACAUGGCGCUUCUGCCCACUCUGGGCCGCGACCUGCGUGAGCCCAGCACACUGCUACAGCCCACCCAGCGGCAGCAGCAGGAUGUCCUACCGAUGGCUGUGGUGCCUGCAGCGGCACCUGGCAUCCCCUCGUCAGCAGACCGCAUGGCAGACGUCAUCACUUCGCUCCCCGCUGACCUCACGCUGGACCUGGGGGCGGCAGCACCUGGCGUGCCUGGCGUGCUGGCAAGCGGCAACGCUACCUCUGGCACCGCCCCACCGGCAUCUGUGCCAGAGGCUGUUCAGCUGUUUGAAGGCGUGGUGGCCACCCCUGGCUUCAACUUUGGCAGCAUCGCCAGCCACCACAUGCAGUUUGGUGCAGUGGCCGCCGCGUUUGGGCAGCAGCAGCAGCCCUUGGGACCAGGCGGUGGUGUGGAUUGGAGCAGCCCCGCACCCUCGCCCCCGCCCUUUGUGGGUGCAGGCCUGGCGCCUGCAGCGGUGUUUGGGCGCAAUGCCAUGUCGGCGCCCAUGCAGUACGGCCACCCCAUGCAGCUGCCCCCCCCGCCGGGUCUAUCCAUGGGCGGCCCGGGUGCUCCCUACGCUGGGCCGCCCCAGCACCAGCUCCCGCAGCAGCGGCCGCCCAACCCAGUGCAACUGGAGGAUCCCGCAGCGGCGCUGCCCGAUGACGUCUUUGACGUGCCCAUUGCGCUGCCGCCCCAGCAGCAGCACAUCGGUGGGCAGCAGGGGCAGGCCAACGGGCAGGGCCCUCGGGGCCGCGUCUUCCCAAACCGCAACAGUAGGGGGCGCAACACGCGCUAUCCGCAGCCGCAGCUGCCGCAGCAGCACAGCAGCGGGUAUGGGCAGCAGCAUGGUGGCUACCCGCCAGCAGGCGCCGCCUUCCCGCCCCACAUGGCAGGCUGGCCCUCUUCGCAGGCGCCCCACUUCCUGCCACCCCAGCUUGUGGGGCCGCGCCAGCAGCAGGGCAGCAGCGGGCGCGGGCGCGGCAGGGGCCGCAACUCACAGGGAGGCAAUAGAAGCAACACGGGCGGCAGGCAGAUGAAGCCAGCGCCCCCACAGCAGCAGCAGUAG